CCGGGUACCCACGUGUAUAUCCUGGUAGCAAGGUCGCUUUGAUACCAUUCGCGUUUCGGGUGACUACGAACCUGAUCUUCACUAUCCAUUCGAAGCCUGCGUCAUAUCCGUCCAGAUCUAGGCGUUGUAUAUCGACCUGGAGGAUCAUCCUCUCAGGAUUAUACAUUCCGUGUAUAGCCCGGGGAGCUAAUCUACGGCCGCGGCCACUUCUUGCGUGGCCAACAUCAAGGGUGUACCUAGAUAGAGACACGACUCAUUUCCAUAUAAUUCAAGCAGGACGGUGCAAAAAGAGCUUGUGGGCUCUUCGUCCUUUCUCAAAACAUGAAUGGCUACCGACGAUCACGAAGGCUCAUACAGCUUGCCCAACUGUUAGCCAUUGCUUCGACGACCACGGCUGUUUCGCUGCAAGAUUUCCAAUUUAUAACGAUAAUUCAAGUCCCGUCACUGUCGUGUCUCGGUGCCUAUGGUAGCCUAAUACCAGGCUGCUCGCGCAGAGAUUUCAAAGAUGGCGUUCAAUGCUCAGAAAGCUGUGCUGAAGGGGUCCAGGAAGAUCAGAAGCGCAUUAUAGAAGCUUGCAAGCAUGUUGACGUCAACGAGAGGUCCCUUCUGGGACUGGCAUUACAAGGAGGGCUACUAGACGCUCUUUGUCCAAAUUUCCAGGCCACCUCGGUAACUUCAACUGAGAAACCAACCACAACACGUACCUUUUUAACACCUAGCCAGACACAAGAAACAUCAACUAUAACAAGCACACCAGAAACCUUGUCAACAAUAACGACAUCCACAUCUGAAAGCCGCGACGAAAGCUCUACGACAGCGGAUACGAUUACUUCAACUAGUCGUACUGAAAGCGCCACAGCGACGACUGAAACCCCAAGUGACAUUGACACAACAAUGACCAGCGUCACUCCUACCCAGACACAGAAUACAGAGACGACACCACUAAUGAGCUCGCCUACCCCAACACAAACAGAUGACAACGAUAACGGUGAUGCCGAUGAUAACCAACCAGGGCGAGGUUCAUCAGGUGGCGGAAGCCCAUUUGAUACUGUCUUCAUUGGCGGCGCGGAGACAAUAUUGCGCACAACUUCCAGCAUGUUAUUAACUUUAACGUGGUCUCUUUUCACCGCGUUGCUUUUUUUGUAAUCGUAAU